CGGUACACAGUGGUUUAAAAGACAAAUAACCCUAGCCAGCCUCAACUCUCUCUCUCCGGCAACCUCUCAUACGCCGCCCCCGCCGCUAUAUCCGCCGUGCGCAUUCAUCCCUAGACGCUGCACCAGAUCUUCAAUUUGAUUACUUUGGUCAAAGAUUUCUGUCAUUCUCAAUCAUGGCAACUAGACUUCAGUUUGAGAAUUCUUGUGAAGUUGGAGUGUUCUCUAAACUUACCAAUGCCUAUUGUUUGGUAGCCAUUGGAGGUUCUGAAAAUUUCUACAGUAUGUUUGAAUCAGAGUUAGCAGAUGUUAUCCCUGUGGUCAAGACAUCCAUUGGUGGCACUCGUAUUAUUGGUCGUCUUUGUGCUGGAAACAAGAAUGGCCUUCUCGUGCCCCAUACCACCACAGACCAAGAACUUCAACAUUUGAGAAACAGUCUACCUGAUCAAGUUGUUGUUCAGCGAAUAGAAGAAAGAUUAUCUGCUCUGGGAAAUUGUAUAGCAUGUAAUGACCAUGUGGCCCUUACUCACACUGAUCUUGACAGGGAGACUGAGGAGAUGAUUGCAGAUGUUCUUGGAGUAGAAGUUUUUAGGCAAACCAUUGCUGGUAAUAUUCUUGUUGGUAGCUUCUGUGCCUUCUCCAAUAGAGGUGGUUUGGUCCAUCCCCAUACUUCCAUAGAAGACUUGGAUGAACUUUCUACACUUCUUCAGGUUCCUUUGGUAGCUGGGACUGUGAACCGGGGCAGUGAAGUAAUAGCCGCUGGAAUGACAGUUAAUGAUUGGACAGCAUUUUGCGGUUCAGACACCACAGCUACAGAGCUCUCUGUGAUUGAGAGUGUUUUCAAGCUGAGGGAAGCACAACCUAGUGCCAUUGUGGACGAGAUGAGGAAAUCACUCAUUGAUAGUUAUGUCUGAACUGUGGUAAUAGUAUUCUCUUUUGGUAAAAAUGUAAGACUGCUCAUUGUUAAGAUCUUUUAAGUUUUGGUGAUAGUUUUUUCUUAUGCAGUGUGAACAUAUAUAUUUUAAUCAUGGAUUGUACUUUUCAUUAAUUGUGUUAUAUCAUAUAAUAUCAACUAUUAAUUG